AUCACUACCCACUUUGUCGAAGGGCUGAUCUCGUCACCAUGGGGCAAUGUAGAAAAUUGCACAAUAUAAGAAAAUGGACAGUGUCAAUACUGGUUUUAAUAUUACUUCUAUCGUAUUUAAGGCAUGUUGUCAAUGAGAGAAGGGUGAUCUUGGCAAGAUUGGCUGGUAUCGCUAAAGAUCACCCAAGACAACUCGUAACUGUCCCGGCAAUACACGUGAAGCAUUCGUUUGUGAAGGAACAAGCAACGAGGAACGAUAAUAAUGAAACAGUUAACCUGUGUCCGAAAGUGCCACCAAAUCUUACUGGUGCGUUCUUCGUCAACAUGGAACCAGAGUCAUUCGAGGAAAUACAAAAUAGACAUCCAUACAUCAAACCUGGCGGUAGAUUCCAACCUCUGGAUUGUAAAUCCCGUCACCGAGUGGCCAUCAUAGUGCCCUUUCGCGACCGAGAGUCCCACCUCAAGAUCCUCCUCGAAAACCUUCUCCCCAUGCUGGAACGACAGCAACUAGACUAUGGAAUCUACGUCGUGGAAAUGGCAAUGCCCACCACCUUCAACAGAGCAGUCCUGAUGAACAUCGGCUACACAGAGGCAUUGAAGGACUACGACUUCCAAUGCUUUAUAUUCCACGAUGUUGACCAUGUCCCCGAAAACGAUCUAAAUUUGUACAAUUGUCAACGUUCACCAAGUCAUCUGGCAGUUUCCGUCGACAAGAAUAAUUACAAGCUUCCUUACCCAAGCGCCUUCGGAGGCGUGGUGGCAUUGACUAAGGAUCAUGUGAUCAAAGUAAAUGGCUGGUCGAAUAUGUACUUUGGAUGGGGCUGCGAGGAUGAUGAUUUAUAUCGGAGAAUUCAUCUAAAUGGUUUGAAAGUGUCACGAGGGCCUGCAGAAAUAGGUCGAUAUAAGAUGAUAAAACAUAUACGAGAUAAAACAAACCAAAAGAACAAGUACAGAGGAAAGCUCUUAAAAGGAAUGAAGACACGGAUGAAAAGUGAUGGAUUGAAUUCACUGAAGUAUGACGUUCUUAAAAGGGAAUAUCGGCCAUUAUUUGCUUACAUUUUUGUACGCAUACCUGUUGAAGGGGACACAAAGAGUCAUCAUUGACUGAAUGCUGGGGAACAUUAACAUCUACGUGUGACGCUAGUCAUCUCUAUUGAGAAGGAAUCACUGAGAAGGAAUGUUUCAAAUAUAAAAGUUAAAACAACUGUUGAAGUUUGUUUUAAGCUCAUUGUGCUUACAUGUAUGCUUGGCCUAAAGUGUUCAUAUUACUGUUAAAAGAUCAAGAUGCGUCUAGAGAAAAGACAUUUCACAUUUAUCACAAGAGUAUAAUGGUCAUUACAUAUUUAUCAUUGGAUUGGUUCCAUGUUAAUGAAUCAAGCAAACAGGUAAGAUACUUUUCAUUUGUAGCAUCCGGAGUGAGUCACAAAAUCAAUAGAGAGAUGAUCAAUCUGGCACGUAGGCUUCGGUACAUUUCCGAUUACAACACACAUGAGUUCAUGGUCAGAUCUAACUUUUAAUGAAUCAAACUGAGGUAUUGUGACAUGUGACAAAGACAGGCCAGGCCCGAUACCUUCAACAUAAGGAAAAGAGAGCGUGGUUUGCAGUCGAUCAAGUCGAAUACCGAUCGAUCUAAGUUCUCUCCAUUUAGUGACGAUCCUGGCCGGUCUGACCCUGUCGUGUAUUGAUACAUGGACUGAGAGUAAGUACAACUAAUGUGAGUUUAAAGCUGGUGUUGCGUUUCUUUAUUAUGCGAGUAUAAAUUCUGAUGGAGAUAAUUCAGAGUAUGCGUCGUUAGAUCAAUGACUGAGCUGAGCCGAUGCUGACAAGUCAUGGCUUAACUGACCAUGAAGACCAGGAACGGCAAUACUUUCAGUAACUGUAAUAGGGUCGCAUUUGACACCCGAAAGUGAAUCAGUGAGUUAAGAUUUAACGUCACAUCGGCAGUAUUUCAGCCACAUUGUGACGAGAAGUACAUUAAUAAUGCAUAUAUUUAGACCAAAUAAAAACCUGUCAACGAUGGACAGUAAAAUAACUAGAUUUAUCACAGAUUUUAUUUAAAACUAGUAGAUAGCCAUAAAAAUAUAACAUCAUAUGUAACAAUACAAGAUAAAAAUGAGCUAUAGAUUGCCAGCCACUGAAGAGAGAUCCCCAUGCUAUGGUCUACACCUUUCAACAAAUAGUCGUGUGUAUAUCUGCUAUAGCCAAUACGACAUCGCCGCAUAACGACCUCUUCAAAUCUGGACUGACAACCCAAGUAGGUGUAACCGAUAUUUGGUUUAAUUUCAUGUAAUUUAUUGAUACCUACCUGGGUGUCCUACUUCUUUUGCAUUAGAUCUCGGAUGUAACAUCUAAUACUAGUCUUACAUGUAUAAUCACUGUAUGGGAUCAUUCAUUCACUUUAUUUCCAAUACGUAUAGGCCACAGGCCUUUGUGUACAGACAGGUUUCAGUUUCGCAUUUCUUACUUCAUUUGCAUAAUAUAGAUAUUUUGCUAGAUUUGUAAUAAUAUAUGUAUCUGGUGACGACAAAAGCAUAUUAAAUUUAUGAACGUUAGGAUGACAAUAGAACUUUGCUUUGAUAUAUAGUUGCCGACAUACGAUGGGCAAAUAAGCAGGAAGUGGUACUCGGUGUCAACACAGUCUAAUUUACAAAGUUUGCAUUUUCUUAAAUUUCUUGGGAUUUUAUAAUGACGUCCAUUCUCAAUUUCCAAAGUAUGACAAUCAGAAGUGGUGUCACAGAUUUGUUGAGUUCUGCUUUUGCAGCAGCAUCGUCCAUUGUGUUACCAGUGAUACCAAGAUCAUUAAUUAAUUCAAGAA